AUGACGUUUGCUCCAGGGACAAGCUCCAAGCCAGUAUUUACUUCAACAUCUUCGGCUUCAUCUCUACAUUCUGUUACGUCACGUUCCGAUAUUCCAACAUCGCACGUUGCUACGUCAACAGAGAGAACUGUGACCUACCACCCCAAAACCACCUAUAAGUCGCCAGGGACAAGCUCCAAGCCAGUAUUUACUUCUUCAACAUCUUCGGCUUCAUCUCCACAUUCUGUUACGUCACGUUCCGAUAUUCCAACAUCGCACGUUGCUACGUCAACAGAGAGAACUGUGACCUACCACCCCAAAACCACCAAUAAGUCGCCAGGGACAAGCUCCGAGCAUGCCGAGCCUGUAUUAACUUCUUCAACAUCUUCGGCUUCAUCUCCAUAUGCUGUUACGUCACGUUCCAAUAUUCCAACAUCGCACAUAGCUACGUCAACAGAGAAAACUGUGACCUACCACCCCACUAAGUCUCCAGGGACAACCUCCGAUCCAGUAUUUACUUCUUUAACAUCUCCGGCUUCAUCUCCACAUUCUGUUACGUCACGUUCCAAUAUUCCAACAUCGCACAUUGCUACGUCAACAGAGAGAACUGGUCCAUCAUCCUCACCAUUGAAGUGUCCCGAAUUAUGUGAAGCAUUGGCGAUUGGUUUUGGCGUCUUCUCACUGUUUCUGCUUACGCUUGGGGUUGUGAUCACCCUACUCUACAUAAAGCUUAGGUUUGCUUUCUCAAAAAUCAAAGAGCAGCAGCAAGAGAGCCCAUAUAUGGAUUUAAUGCCAUCUAGCACUCCAGCAGCAGUUUAUAAUACAUUGGGAACUGGUUCCGUGCCAAAGGUCGGGGAUGAAUUGUACGAGAACCAAUCGGUAGUGGCUCAGCACCAACAAAUGAAUCGGAUACCAACUAUCGGAGAUGACCCUGAAUAUGAAUUUGUGUUUUAAAAUAUUUUCAUAAACAUCGGGUUCUGAGGAAUAUUCCUCAACUGAAUGCCUUUAUGUAUGGCUACUGUUGUUGUGUUCAUUUCCGUAAGAUUAAAAAUAUCAUAAUAUUUUACAAAUAAAAAUGUACAGUAUACUAGCGAGAUAAAAUUACGACUGGUAGCCCAUAUUCAGCUGCAACUUUAAUUAUUGCUGGGGCCAGUGCAAUGUAAAACAAUUUAACAAAUCAUGACAUGAAAUAUAUCCAUUGAUAAUGAUAUAACGAAUUGAAAAAAAAUAUAUAUGUACCAAAGUAAAACGUAUAUGAAAAGAAAAAAAUAUAUAUAUAUAGCUACAACUUUAAUAAAAACGAUAGUGUGUAAAGAUUUUGAAGGUGAUUUCUAA